UGCCGGCGCCCGGGAUUGUGGGAGCGGGGGGGACGCGGCGCGGGGAGGGGACGCGGCCGCGGCUGGAGGGUUCCGGUGUGGGGCGCAGACGUGUCGGCCGGGGCCGCGGAGCGACAGGCGCUGCCCCUGCCCGCUCGGAACCCUGCCCGGCCCGGGGCCGGCCCGGCGGCACCAUGGCCGGGACCAGCAGCCCCGAAGCGGUGAAGAAGCUGCUGGAAAACAUGCAGGGGGACCUGCGGGGCCUGAGUCUGGAGUGCCGUAAAAAAUUCCCCCCCGUCAAAGAGGCUGCUGAAUCAGGAAUAAUAAAAGUGAAAACAAUAGCUGCAAGAAACACAGAUAUUUUGGCAGCAUUGAAAGAGAACAGCUCAGAGGUGGUUCAGCCUUUUCUGAUGGGUUGUGGAACAAAAGAACCAAAGAUCACUCAGCUGUGUCUAGCAGCCAUACAGAGGCUCAUGUCUCAUGAAGUUGUUUCGGAGGCUGCAGCUGGAAACAUUAUUAAUAUGCUUUGGCAAUUGAUGGAGAACAGUCUUGAAGAACUUAAAUUGCUCCAGACAGUUCUUGUACUUUUAACAACCAAUACAGUUGUGCAUGAUGAAGCACUGUCCAAGGCAAUUGUACUUUGCUUUCGAUUGCACUUCACAAAAGAUAAUAUCACAAAUAACACUGCGGCAGCUACAGUGCGGCAGGUAGUGACUGUCGUGUUUGAGAGAGUGGUUGCUGAAGAUGAACGAUACAAAGGUGUCGUUGACCAGCCAGCUGCAGUUCAAGGGAAUAGUAAUAGAAGAUCUGUCAGUACACUGAAGCCAUGUGCUAAGGAUGCAUAUAUGCUUUUUCAGGAUCUUUGUCAAUUAGUUAAUGCUGAUGCUCCCUACUGGCUUGUGGGUAUGACAGAAAUGACACGGACAUUUGGACUUGAACUUCUUGAGUCAGUCCUCAAUGACUUUCCACAAGUGUUUUUACAACAUCAGGAAUUCAGUUUUCUUCUUAAAGAAAGGGUAUGCCCUCUUGUUAUAAAGCUCUUCUCCCCAAAUAUCAAAUUCAGGCAAGGUUCCACCACCUCAUCUUCCCCAGCACCAGUGGAAAAACCAUACUUUCCCAUCUGUAUGCGUUUGCUGCGAGUAGUUUCUGUUUUGAUUAAACAGUUUUACAGUCUGCUGGUAACGGAAUGUGAAAUCUUUCUGUCAUUACUGGUUAAGUUUCUGGAUGCAGACAAACCACAGUGGCUACGAGCUGUUGCAGUAGAAUCUAUUCACAGGCUUUGCGUGCAGCCUCAGCUAUUAAGGUCUUUUUGUCAGUCGUAUGAUAUGAAGCAACAUUCCACUAAAGUUUUCCGUGAUAUUGUGAAUGCACUGGGGUCCUUUAUCCAGUCUCUAUUUCUUGUACCAAGCACAGGAAACACAUCAGCAACUCCAAACCAAACUGGAAGCAAUGCAUCAGGGAAUACUGGCUCAGCACAAACUAACCCAGGAAUGCUUGGAAUGGGUGGAGGUGCUACUGUAUUACCUGCUUUUGAGUACAGAGGCACUUGGAUUCCCAUCCUGAAUGUAACAGUACAAGGCAGUGCUAAAGCUACAUAUUUGGAGAUGCUAGACAAAGUUGAGCCACCUACAAUUCCUGAGGGCUAUGCAAUGUCAGUGGCAUUUCACUGUUUGCUGGAUCUUGUCCGUGGUAUCACUACCAUGAUCGAAGGAGAGUUGGGAGAGGCAGAAACUGUCAUUCAAACCACAACAGAGGCAACUUCAUUACCAGCACAGUCUUCAGAGCAAGAUUUGCCGUCUGUUUCUGACCAAUCAGAGAAAGAACUAGUUAGCAGAGCUGUCUGGGAAGAAAUGGUGAAUGCUUGUUGGUGUGGUCUUCUGGCUGCUCUAUCCCUUCUACUUGAUGCAAGCACUGAUGAAGCUGCCACUGAAAAUAUUCUAAAAGCAGAAUUGACCAUGGCUGCACUUUGUGGAAGACUGGGUCUUGUAACAUCAAGAGAUGCCUUUAUUACUGCCAUUUGCAAAGGAUCCUUGCCUCCUCACUACGCCCUUACUGUAUUAAACAGUACAACUGCAGCUCUGUCCAGCAAAUCAUAUUCCAUUCAGGGGCAGAAUGUUCAAAUGAUUAGUCCCUCAAGUGAAUCUCACCAGCAAGUUGUAGCAGUAGGGCAACCCUUAGCUCUUCAGCCACAGGGAACAGUUAUGCUGACCUCAAAAAAUAUCCAGUGUAUGAGGACAUUACUUAACUUAGCUCACUUCCAUGGAGCAGUUCUUGGUACAUCGUGGCAACUUGUCCUGGCUACCCUUCAGCAUCUUGUGUGGAUUCUGGGACUGAAGCCUAGUGUUGGGGGUGCAUUAAAACCUGGAAGAGCUGUGGAAGGGCCAAGCACAGUUCUGACUACAGCAGUUAUGACUGAUCUGCCAUCUAUAUCCAGCAUGAUUUCAAAGCUUUUUGAAAACUCACAGUACCUUGACGAUGUGUCUUUACAUCACUUAAUAAAUGCCCUUUGCUCCUUGUCUCUGGAAGCCAUGGAUAUGGCCUAUGGAAACAAUAAGGAACCAUCACUUUUUGCUGUUGCUAAAUUACUGGAAACGGGACUAGUUAACAUGCGCAGGAUUGAGAUUCUUUGGAGACCUCUGACCGGUCAUCUUCUGGAGGUCUGUCAGCAUCCCAACUCCAGAAUGAGAGAAUGGGGAGCAGAAGCUUUAACUUCUCUCAUUAAAGCAGGACUGACAUUCAGACAUGAUCCUCCAUUAUCUCAAAAUCAGAGACUGCAGUUGCUUUUAUUGAAUCCACUAAAGGAGCUGUCAAACAUUAGUCAUCCUGAUAUCAGGAUCAAGCAGCUGGAGUGUGUGCUACAGAUUUUACAGAGUCAGGGUGACAGCUUAGGACCUGGUUGGCCAUUGGUGCUUGGAGUCAUGGGGGCAAUCCAAAGUGAUCAGGGAGAGUCCUUAAUACGGACUGCAUUCCAGUGUCUUCAGCUGGUUGUGACCGACUUCCUUCCUACAAUGCCAUGUACUUGUCUGCAGAUAGUUGUUGAAGUUGCAGGAAGCUUUGGACUUCACAAUCAAGAGCUAAAUAUUAGCUUAACUUCAAUUGGUUUGCUGUGGAAUAUUUCAGAUUAUUUUUUCCAAAGAGGUGAAAUAAUUGAAAAGGAGCUAAACAAAGAAGAAGCAGUGUUGCAGAAACAGGCAGAAGAAAAAGGAGUGUUGCUGAACAGACCUUUCCAUCCUGCAUCACCAUUUGACUGCCUUUGGUUAUGCCUGUAUGCCAAACUUGGAGAACUGUGUGUGGAUCCCCGACCUGCAGUUAGAAAGAGCGCUGGGCAGACAUUGUUUUCUACUAUUGGUGCUCAUGGAACUUUACUGCAACAUUCAACGUGGCACACAGUAAUAUGGAAGGUUUUAUUUCACCUGUUGGAUAGGGUUCGAGAAUCUUCUACGACAGCUGACAAAGAGAAGAUUGAAUCAGGAGGAGGCAACAUUCUCAUUCAUCAUUCAAGGGAUACAGCUGAGAAACAGUGGGCUGAGACAUGGGUAUUAACACUGGCUGGAGUUGCAAGAAUAUUUAACACUAGGAGAUACUUACUGCAGCCUCUAGGAGACUUUUCCCAAGCCUGGGAUGUUCUUCUUGAUCACAUCCAGUCAGCAGCACUUAGCAAAAAUAAUGAAGUUUCCUUGGCUGCUCUGAAAAGCUUCCAGGAAAUCCUACAAAUUGUUUCUCCUGUUCGAGACUCUGAGAAGCCUGAGACACCACCUGCCAUCAAUGUUUCUGUACCUUUGGUGGUAGGGACAACUACUGCCACUAGUCUUGGCAGAUCAUUCAUGAGAACAGACUCCAUAGGAGAAAGAAUAGGAAGAUAUAAUGGAUCUGAACCUCCUGUAAUAACAGAUGAGAUUGAAGAUUUGAAUCUUUGGUGGGCAGCUUGGAACAGCUGGUAUAGGAUUGGAUCAGAAAGUACAAAGCCUCCAAUUACUUGUGAUAAAUUGACUUUCAUUCCCAGCCAGCCUUUUCUUACAGCAUUAAUUCAGAUAUUCCCAGCUCUUUACCAACACAUCAAAACUGGUUUCAGCAUGGAUGAUCUCCAAAAGCUGGGUGUCAUUUUGCACGGUGCUGUUUCAGUUCCAAUCAGUUCAGAUGCUUCCCCUUUCAUCCUUCCAUCUUACACUGAAGCAGUUCUGACAAGUUUACAGGAAGCAGUGCUUACAGCUUUAGAUGUUUUACAAAAGGCUAUAUGUGUGGGAUCAGAAGGUAUGCAGAUAAUGUAUCCUGCAAUCUUUGACCAACUACUGGCCUUUGUAGAAUUUUCCUGCAAGCCUCCACAGUAUGGACAGUUGGAAACAAAGCAUAUUGCAAAUGCAAAGUAUAAUCAGAUACAACUUUUUGCACCGGCGGAAUGGGUGGCAUUGAACUACGUACCAUUUGCAGAGAGAUCAUUGGAAGUUGUGGUGGACUUAUACCAAAAGACAGCUUGCCACAAAGCUGUGGUAACAGAGAAGGUUCUUCAGAACAUUAUUAAGACACUUAGAAUACCUCUUAGUCUGAAGUACUCAUGUCCUUCUGAAAGCACAUGGAAGCUAGCUGUGUCCUCUCUUCUCAAAGUUCUCUCCAUUGGACUACCUGUUGCAAGGCAGCAUGCAUCUUCCGGAAAAUUUGACAGUAUGUGGCCAGAGCUAGCAAAUACUUUUGAAGACUUUUUAUUCACGAAAAGCUAUCCUUUCAGAACGUUGUACAAAAAGCUUCAAUCAAAAGGAGAAGUGUAAGAGAAAGAAAGAGCUCAGCUGAACUCUCAAUAUAUGGCAUAAUCUUUCUGAACAGGACAGGGAGCUCUGUAUGGACUCCCAAGGACAUUUACUCUAGAUUUGAUAAAGAGUUGCUGAUAUGUACACAAUUUGUUCCUUUCUUCACUUUGAACAGAGUUGCAACAGUAUUUUAUUCUAAUUAACAGCAUUAAUUUUAUGUAAUUGUCUGAGUUCCAUCUUGAAAUACUCCACUUACUGUGAAUUUUUGAAAGUUUUUUAGUACACUGCUGUUCACGUAGAAGCCCAUAGUUAUGUUAUAUUUGUUUCUACCUAAGAUAAAUUGACUGCACUUUAAUAAUUAACCACUCUUUAUUUAUGAUAAUUUUUGAAAAGUGUAUCUAAAUAGUCAUAUAUAUCGACUAUAAAGAUGGACAGAUUCCUCUCAAGAAUGGAACACAUUCUCAAUCUACAAUGGGCAGGCUGAGAAAGUCCAGAAGUGAUGCUCAGAGACAGACAGUUUAAUCAAAGAAUCAUAGACUGGUUUGAGUUGGAAAGGAUCUUAAAGAUCAUCUAGUUCCAAACAGCCUGCCAUGGGCAGGACACCCUCCACUAGACCAGGUUGCUCAGAUCCCCAUCCAGCCUGGCCUUGGAUCUAUUAAUUUGUUCAAACAAAAGACUAUAAUAUUAGCAAAACACUGUAAAUUUUCAGAAUAUAAAAAAAGCUUGCUUCAGAGAAUUUUUUUGUCCCUUGGCAAUGGGUAAAAACUUGUUUCAGUACAGCAAAGAUUUUCUAGGUUAGACAUUAAGGGUUCUCUAAGGAAGGUUAGGUAUUUUAGAUAAUUGCUUAGGAGUGGUAUGGAAUUUCCAUUUUCUGUAAACAUCUGUGGGCAAGCAUCUUUUAGGAUCUUUCUUUUUAACAGAAAACAGUAAGAUUCUUCAGUGCCUUACACUAAUAUGCUCUGUGUUUAGUUUUGAAACACACAAAAGUCAGCAAUCAAACACAGCUGUAUUUACUAAUGAUGGAUAAAUAGCAGCUUGCCCAAAACAAACAAGCAAACAAAAAAAAUACCAAUGAGAAUUUAUUUUAGAGACACAUCCAUUAGUGAAAAUGUGUAAUAAUGAAUGGGUUUGGAAUAUCAUCAAUAGGAUUACAUGGCAAUCAGGUGAAAAACCUUCCUAUUGUUUUUACAUUUACUUGAAAGAAAAUUCUAUUAAGUAGAAGGACCUUAAAAUAGAAAAGGCCAUCCAUGAUGGCAUAAAAGACACUUCCAGUUUUUAUCAUCACAGUUUUUAUUUUAUGCUUCACUAUUUCUUUAAUGUAAAAUAAUCUUUGCAGUAUCUUGCUUGGUUUUCUUUUCAACUGCAGUUAGUAUUCUUGCUUCCAUUCUGAGACAGGCAGUCCACAUCAGUUAACACCCUGUAAUCUAUCAUUGUUGGGUGUACAGAAUUCAAAUUAAGGUUUUUCAGGUUAUUGUAGAAGAAUGUAUGUUCACUUAAAAGUUGCUUUGGAAGUGCAUAUUACUAUUUGUUGUAAUUUAAGUAUUCCUAAAUAUUUGCAAAGCAAAUUAAACAUUUCCAUUUUGCAUGUUCUUAGCUGAACAAGACUAGUACUGCCACAGUGUCUUGGUAUUAAUUGUUCAUAAAUUCAGGGAAUCAAAAUUAUUCCAGCUCUUUAGUGUAAUUCAGGAUAAUCCACUAUCAUCUGCAUGACUUUCUGGCCAAAUCUGUUUGUCUACAACAAAUAUGUUUAAUUUACAGUGAGCGAUUUAUACUUUACUUGAAUAUUAUUUCAAACGUAGAAAAUUAAUCUUAAUGUGUUGCUUGCUAGAAACUAUUACUCUUUUUGUUAAUACUAAUAGCUUUUGUCAUUUGUUAUGUAUGGGCAAAUAUUCUCUGGAGGUAAAAGAAAGAUAGUACUUGUGUGAAUGUUUAUGAUGCCUUUACAAUGUCUGUCUUAAAUCUGGUUUUGCCUCUUUAGCAACCAGAAUGUAUACUAUAAUUUAACAUACAAAAUGUGUUUUAGAGAAAAAUUUUUAGUCACAAUUAAAGAUGUCCUUAGAAAAGUGUAGGAAACUUUUUUUCACGUAGAAAGUUUAAAGUUUAAAUUAAUUUAAAGCACUAAAAAUAGGCCGGUAUAUUGUAGAACCACAUGGCCCACAGCAAGAUAAUUUGACCUAUUAGUAUAAUUAAUGGCCACUAUCAUUAUGCUUUCCAGGCUUGUUGUGUGCAGAUUAAUUUUGCUUAUGUAGUUGUAUUUUGUGUGGCCACAGAAUAUCU